UGCUGUCCGAUCUCUCCUCGCUUUCUCUCUAUUACGGCAAUUAGAUGCAGCACAAUUGACCGUGCUACUACAACGACUCACUGAAAUUACCUUAUAGGCUAUGCGUGUCAUUAACAACCGGAAAACUCAAUUUUUAUUUUCUGCAUAGAACCUGAAGCGGAGUUUGACUUGUUUUUAUCUGGACCCCACUGUCACGUUGGGAUUUUCAGAGGAGCGCACACUGUGGAGUUUUAUUUUUUGCCCGUGUGGUGGUGUAUAUUUUAUUAUCACAUCCCUUGAAGUCAGGACUACGAGCUAAAUUCACACAGUUGGAAUACCGCAAAGGGUAACCAACCAAGCUGGAAGUGGGUCGACGAGCAUCUGGAGACAAAUACAGGCACUGCACCCCCGACCAAUGACCUACACGUAGACCCACUCUCUUGGGAUGGGGGGCACCGAGUUGCACAAAACUGCUCUGAUUGGCUGGAGCUCUGUCUGUCAGCUGUCAAUCACAGCCUGAGGAGCAGGUUAUUGGUCUGGGUUGCUGUGGGGGGUGGGAGAGGAGUUCCGGGAACUUCCAGGACCACAAUCUGCUUGGCUGAGUGCAGCAGGAGCAUGUUGAGGGGAGCCAGGCCAGGGGGAACCAGUACCUCUCCAUUGAGCUCUGGAGGAGCCACUAUAGCCCAUGGAAUGGGGAUGGUCUACCUAUCCAAGGUCUACCUUCUCUUAUGGAUUGGCUUCCUGUUAGCGUCUGUGUGUCUGCCGGUCAUGGCUCAGACCCAAGUCCACCCUGUUGUCACCACGAAUUACGGGAAGCUGCGGGGGUUAAAGACGACACUGCCCAAUGAGAUCCUAGGGCCCGUGGAGCAGUACUUGGGGAUCCCGUACGCUUUGGCCCCUACAGGGGAGAGACGCUUCCAGCCCCCCGAGCCGCCCAUGUCCUGGCCUGGGAUCAGGAAUGCUACCCAGUUCGCCUCUGUGUGUCCACAGUACCUGGAGGAAAAGUUACUCAACGACAUGCUGCCGGUGUGGUUCACAGCCAACUUGGAUACAGUGGUAACCUAUAUGCAGGACCAGAACGAGGACUGCCUGUACCUAAACAUUUACGUGCCAACUGAGGAUGACAUCCACGAUGAGAACGGGCUGAAGCCGGUCAUGGUGUACAUCCACGGUGGAUCCUACAUGGAGGGAACGGGGAACAUGAUCGAUGGGAGUAUCCUGGCGAGCUACGGAAACGUCAUCGUAAUCACCAUAAACUACAGGCUCGGAGUGUUAGGCUUCCUAAGCACAGGGGACCAGGCAGCCAAGGGGAACUAUGGACUGCUGGACCAGAUCCAAGCGCUGAGGUGGAUCAAAGAGAACAUUCAGGCCUUCAAAGGAGAUCCAAAGAGAGUGACAAUCUUCGGCUCUGGUGCAGGGGCAUCGUGUGUUAGCUUGCUCACGCUCUCUCACUACUCAGAAGAUCUCUUCCAGAAAGCCAUCAUCCAGAGUGGUACAGCUCUGUCCAGCUGGGCGGUUAACUACCAGCCUGCCAAGUACACACGGAUGCUGGCUGAGAAGGUGGGCUGCAACAUGCUAGACACCAUCGACCUGGUGGAGUGUCUCCAGAGCAAGAACUACAAGGAGCUGAUCGAACAGAACAUCUUACCCGCAAAGUACCACAUCGCCUUCGGCCCCGUCAUCGACGGCGAUGUCAUCCCGGACGACCCCCAGAUCCUCAUGGAGCAGGGCGAGUUCCUCAACUAUGACAUCAUGCUGGGGGUCAACCAAGGCGAAGGGUUCAAGUUUGUGGAGGGCAGCGUGGACAGCGAGGACGGCGUCUCGGCCAACGACUUCGACUUUGCCGUGUCGGACUUUGUGGAUCACCUCUACGGCUACCCGGAGGGCAAGGACACGCUAAGGGAGACCAUUAAGUUCAUGUACACUGACUGGGCCGACAAGGAGAACCCCGAGACGAGGAGGAAGACGUUAGUCGCACUCUUCACCGACCACCAGUGGGUGGCGCCGGCCGUAGCCACAGCGGACCUCCAUGCCCAGUAUGGUUCGCCGACGUAUUUUUACGCCUUCUACCACCACUGCCAGAGCGACAUGAAGCCUAGCUGGGCUGACUCGGCACAUGGGGACGAGGUUCCCUAUGUGUUCGGGAUCCCCAUGAUCGGACCAACGGACCUGUUCAACUGCAACUUUUCCAAGAACGACGUCAUGCUCAGCGCGGUUGUUAUGACUUACUGGACUAACUUCGCCAAGACAGGAGAUCCAAACCAGCCCGUUCCUCAGGACACCAAGUUUAUCCAUACAAAACCCAACCGCUUUGAAGAGGUUGCCUGGUCGAAGUACAACCCCAAGGACCAGCUCUACCUGCACAUCGGCCUGAAACCCAGGGUCAGGGACCACUACCGGGCCACUAAGGUAGCCUUCUGGCUGGAACUAGUUCCACACCUCCACAACAUAAAUGAGUUGUUCCAGUAUGUAUCCACAACGACCAAGAUACCGCCGCAGGACACCACCCCGUUUCCUUACACCAAGCGUUUCCCGGGGAAUCGGCCUUCUACCACCCGCCACCCUGGGGUUCCCUCCGCUAACACCAAGCAGACCACCGACCAGCGGAAAGGUGAGGACCUCACCGACGAAUCAGCCGUGGUUAUCGAGACUAAACGGGACUAUUCCACGGAGCUGAGCGUCACCAUCGCCGUGGGAGCCUCGCUGCUCUUCCUCAACAUCCUGGCGUUCGCCGCGCUCUACUACAAGAAGGACAAGCGGCGGCACGAGUCAAACCGGCGCGGGCCAAGCCCGCAGCGUAUCUCCGCCGGGCCGGCCAACGCGGCGGUCUGCGCCAAUGACAUCGCCCACCUGCAGAGCGAGGAGCUGAUGUCCCUGCAGAUGAAGCAGCAGCAGCAGACGGAUCACGAGCACCACCACGAGUGUGAGUCGCUCCAGGCCCACGACGCGCUGCGCCUCACCUGCCCCCCCGACUACACCCUCACGCUGCGUAGGUCGCCAGACGACAUCCCCCUCAUGACACCCAGCACCAUAACCAUGAUCCCCAACUCGCUGGCCGCCAUGCAGCCGCUUCACAACUUCAACACGUUUGGCGGCAGUCAGAACAGUACCAACCUGCCCCAUGGACACUCCACCACAAGGGUAUAGCUCAAUGUGGAGAAGUCAAGCGUCCAUGUGGCCUGGCCUGUGUUGUACAAACACGGAGGAACGAGAGCAGAGUGACUGACUGUGUUUCACACAGAACUCAUCUCAGUGGAAGAGAUGUUAUUUUGCUACCAUGCCUUCUUGAACAGUAUAUAUCAAAGUCAAAUAGGAACUUCUAAUGACGCGUUUGAAAACCAUAGUAACACCGCUUUCAGAGUGAAGCUUCACGAAAGAAUCGAAGAGAGUUUUUACCAAAAGAUCAACACCUGAAGACAAGUGGAAUAAUCGGCUUUAGAAUGCUUGAAAAAAACAAUACAAAACACGAAGGGUUACAGUGAUGACAAGGAUUACUCAAAUAUCUUUUUGUGCCAUUUAAGUACAUCAGAGGACAAUAACACACAAUUGUACAGUGAAAUACCACUCUACUGCAUUGGUAAAGUAUGACAGACUAGUCAUGGGCACUGAAUUUGAAACUACCCCCAGCCUGAAAUGUAUUUAUGAAAACUUUGUAAAAAAAAAAACUAAAAAACAGUAUAUAGUUGUGAGUGAAAAUAAACAAAAAAAGAGAACUUUAAAGAGCUUCUAUUGUUGUUUGAGUUUAACUAUGGCUUUUCCAAGCGUGUUCUUUCUGUUGAGGUGAGUGUAAAUAAACAGUAUCAGCCAUUAUUCAUUUUUUGUUGUUGUAUUAAAAUCUGUUUUCACAGCAGCAGAUUUAAAAAAAACACUAUCCAUUUUGGGAGAAUACUGUGCAUCGUCUAGACAACCAUUAUAUUGUCCCGUGUGUCCUUUGGAUCCAUUUCUGACACAACGCAGGUCUGGGAACUGCUUUAUAAUCUCCAUUUUCAGACAGCAUUCUGAUUCUGUCUCAAAAUGAGGUUCGAUAGCUUGAGUCCAUUUUUUUUUGUCACCCGAUUCAUCUUGUUCUGCUUUUAAUCGUUUUGUUUGUAGGCUUUUUUAAAAAACAUUUAUGUCUAGCAGCAAUCUCACCACUGCCUGAGCUUCAAAUGUGACCAGAAAUGUAUUACUUAGAAAAAAAAGGCAGUGGAUUUUGGUAUCAAUAUUAGUUGGAUAUGUUUGUAAAAGAAGUAUAUGUUAGAUAUUUCAAAUUGUCAUAUGCUAGCAAUAUGUAAAGUAUUGUGCCAGGCUUUUGAUAUGUUGGGUUACUACAACACAAGUGAAUGAAUGUAAAUAAUAAUAAUGAUACAUGAUAUUAUUAAUAAUAACAAUUAUAAGUACAAUAUGAAGUCAACAUUAACCCAAAUUAUUUCCGUUCUGCAUCCUAUUACCGAAAAAAACUAAAGCAAGUCCAUAUAAAAAGGUUUAUAAUAAUGCUACAUUUGUAAAUUCAAUGAAAAAAAGAUAUCCUUACCAUUGGUCCAUCAACUGUCAAGAUACCAAGGGUUUUGAUGUAGGAUUUGAAAUGAUUUUAGUUUGUCUGAUAUUGUUUGCAGUUUUGCCUUAAGUGAUAGAUGAUAUUUCUGGCUGGACACCUGUAUAAAGAUUUUCUGCAGCAUUUUUAAUAAAAUAUCACAGUAUUUUCUAAAGAAAAGCUUCAUGGACAUUUUUUUUAUUUUAAAUGUGAGUUUGCCAGUCUGUGUAAGAAAUGUUGGAUGAUGCGCAGGAUUUGGAACACGUGCUAUUGAAUAAGACCCCUUCUUCAUUUGCUGUCUAACACAAUGAAGACAUGCGUUUCCAUAUAAAUGGAUAUACUGUGUCUUGUUGCAAUUCCGUCCUCUACUCCUAUUCACUUUGUGCAGAAUCACUCCUCAUGAACCUCAUGAAGUUAUCAAUUUAGAGUUUAUCAACACUGGCAAUUUAACAACCAACACUUUAAAAAUGUUAUAUCGGAAUUUGUAAAUAGUUUAGCCGAUCCAAAUCCAUUGACUUGCAGACUUGAUAAAUUGCCACUCUGCUCAGUAAGGGGAAAUAAAAAACUAGCCAAGUGUGUCGUUACAUUGUGUUUGCAGGGUCUCUAGUGGUAUUUGCAUACAAGGGUUUGCAUCCUGUAUGGUGUAAAAUUGCUUUACAAUGAUGCCCCUCUUUCUUUCCCACGGGUCAAUGUAUUGAUCUCUCUUCAAACUAACUUGACAGAAAGAAAAUCUACCAUUUUUUUGCAAUUCAAUCCAUUUCCUUUGCAGUUCCUGGGGCGAAGUAGAUUGUCUUUGACAUUUGUAGACUUACAGUGUAUAAGGCCCCGAUGCAAGAGGUUGGGGGCGAAGAAAAUGGUUGUCAUUAUGAGGCAGAAAAAAAAAACUUUGCCAAAGUGCCAAGAUAAUUUAAUAUGUUGUCUUCAUUAGCUACAUGAUCUGUCUAGUCUGGUUCUGUCUCAAACUGCAUGUCAAAAUAUCUAUCUUAAGACAACCAGUGAAAACACAGGACCAUGCAUGGAGUGUGUCUGUAGAGUAGACCAGGGCUCCGUCCCAAAUUGGACCCUAUUCCCUUUACAGUGCACUACUUUUGACAAGAGCCCUAUGGCCCUAUAAAAAGAGUAGGGUGUCAUUUUGGACGCGCAACAGCUCUUCUUCUUAAUUGGCAUGUUGUUUAUGCUAGGGGUAAUGGGGUGGGGUUCACUGAGCAUGAAUACUCCAGACUCGACUGGAAGUUAAUUAAGCCAGGCUACAGCGUUCCAUCACUCAGCUCAGAGUCAGGCAGCUCAGCCUGGGACAUGCUCAGCUCGGUCCCACCACCGUCUGUCAUUCAAGUCCCUCGGCUCUCCAAGCAGCCAUUACCGAGUGGUAUCGAUCGCCAUGGUGACAAGGUAGCAAACCAAAUAAAGAGUGGGCAGGAAUGAGGGAGGAGUCUGACUCCCUACCAUUGGGGAAGGGCCUAUAAAGGCAUAAAGUCCACUGUAACCAGCUUAUAGCUCGCUAGUACACAGCCAUUGCUACUACUACACCCUCCCUUCACAUUAUUGCUGUGUGUGGUGUUUUUCUUCCAACGAUGAAUUUAGAUGCAGGUAAAUACCUCUUGCAUCGAAGUCAGUUGAUUGCAUUCCCUCCCUAGGUGGCAGGACCCUAAUAGAUGAAUAUGAAAUCUUCUGAGCCAAUAUAUAUGCUGAACAGUUAAGUGGAGAGGAACUCUCAUCUGUGUGUGGUGAAGACCUGACUGGCUGCCAAGGUAAUGAUAAUGGCCUAGAGAAAAUUCCCCUUUUACUUUUUUUCAUGAUUUUUACUUUGAGAAACAUAUUGUCCUCUUUUCACCUUCUCAGUACUUGUCAAUAGUUUUUAAAUCAGUUGUGCAGAGAGAAAGCGAAAGAGAUAUGGAGCUAUUUCAGUGGCAACAAAAAUUGUAUUUGAAUUCCAUAAUGUCGAUUUCAUAUUAGGAUAUUACAUUAGAAUUCCACAAUUUAGUUUCUGUAUUAGGAUAUUGAAUUAGAAUUCCAUAAUUUUGAAUUUGUAUUAAGAUAUUGCAUUUGAAUGUAAGACUUUUUAAUUUGUA